GCAGAUGCUGCUGUUAUUUCUGAUGUCUUAACAAGACAAAGAAAUGUCUGCGUUAACCAAACCAGUCUUAUUUGCUCCCAAAACCUGCGACUCUACAUGGAGCCACAAGCAAGUAUUAAAUCGAAGAGGGUUCCCCGGAAAAAUAUGCUAAAACGAAGAACAACACAACAUCUUCUCCUCGCAGCGACUCUUUACCAAGUCUUCUCUACAGUCAGAUACCAUAAGCUUGCAACUCAAACCCAGCACUAUAUAGCCACCCGAAGAGCAACCAAUACCACAAUGUCUCCACAGACUCGAAGAAUGGCCGCCCGGGCCGAAGCCCCUAUCAUUUUGGGUGGACUACCGGAUUUCAACCGAUCAUUCGCGAGGAAGAAGAGGGCCUGCAGAGUGUAUGUGAGGGAUCCAGCGCAGGAUGCCCUUCUCCUAGCCCGUCACGACAACGGCAGUUCUUGCCUCCUUCAGUUCCUGGCUCCCAAAUGGGGCCACUGCCGCCCAAACCCGUCCUUCAGAGGAGUAAAGGUCCCUCCAAAUGGGAACCUGGCGCGAAGGGAGGACAUGCAGAUCUUUGGAGGUGUCCAGUACCCUUCCCCCCCGAACUUCCGCGCCAAAUGUCAAAAUCCUGCUGGUCCUCUAAUCCCUGGAGGCCCAAUCGCGCCUUACCGACACCUGGAUGUGCCUGUCGUGAGAUGGGACGCCAGGCAUGGGUUAGGGAAUAACUGGGCUGCAACACUCCACGCCAUCGCCGGCGGUAACAGCAUCUUCAUCUACGAAGGGCAGUUCGAAAUCAAUGGCCCUCCGCCGCUGGCCACCCAAGACCUAAUCUUCAAAGGCUACAUGACAUGCCCAGUCACGGACCAGUGCAUGGAUGUGACGGGCUUCGGAGCCCUGCGACCCGCCCGGCUCGCUGCGGAGUGCGGAACAAACAGCGCGACGCGCAACAACUACGGAAUCAUAUCGUGCAGGUCCAUCGCUGCGCACAACCGAGCAGUCCGGCAAGCCGGCACAAACGAGCGCGGCCAGAACAUGGAGCACCUGGCCGCGGAGUGUCUACAGCAGAUCGUCGACGGGAUGGGCGGGCCGGUCUGCCUGAUGCUAGGGCCGACGGUCAUUGCCCCCACCCAGCGCACGGCUGGCGGCAACAUUCCCGAUCUCAACUGGAUGGUGUGGCCGCACAGGAGGAGCGUGAACGCGCCGUGGGAUCGGAGGAUUGCGGACCCCCUUACGCCACCAGUGGUCUUCAACCAGGCCAAAUGGGCGACCAUGACACGGCUUAGGACGCUUGUUUUGGAGGUCUGGGAUUUCAGAUCUGGCCAAGCCCAGGAGGUGUCCUUUGGGGUAGGGGCACGCAGACGCAAUGACCCAACCCCGAAUACCGCCAUGGCCAGCGAGGAUGCCGACACCAUGCGAUUUGUCCAAAACUGGUUCGCCCAGAUCCGCGCGGGAUUCGCACAGCAAGUCCCUGCGCACCCAGGUCUCGAUCUACUGGUAGUUGCCGGCCUCAAUACCGCGUCCAGCGCGUUUGAUAACACUAACCGGUACGGCGAACCCCACCACGGCAUUGGUCCUACAGUCGACUGGAAGACCACGCUAGCACCUUUGUUGAACCCGAACGGAGGUAAACUUGUCCUAGUGGACUUUGACCAGAUUGAGAAUUACGACAUGUGGAAGUUCGUUGAACCGUUUGAGAAUUAAGACCCGGAGGGCUCAGAUGCGGAAUGGACCGGAG